UGAGAACGAGUGAGUAUAUGAGCGCUGAUCUCUACUAGGAGCAGAUUUCUUGCACAGUAUCAUAACAGCAACAAGAAAUCUUUCCUACACACACCUUCGCUUGAGUGGUAAACAUCAGACACUCGUUUGAUCUGCCUGAAGCAACGACUUGUUUUUCUUCUUUUCGGACAACGGGACGAGACAUUCGCUUGUGCUACCUCUUUUCCUAGGCGAAACAGUACCGAUCAAAUCAUGCAGACUUCAUUAGCGGUGCUGGCUCUCCUGAGCGCUGCGAAUGCUUUUCCGGGCGGCCGGCAUGAUGGGUACAGCAAUUUCAAUACUACGAAGGUCGUCGGAACACAAUCGUCGGGUUCCGCUGUCAACACAGGGGCAACUCCGACUUCAACAUGUCUCGAGUCGAGUAUUUCGAGCAGCUCUGCAUCGACGGCCAGACCUCACUCAUACGGCACUGGCGGUGCUCCAUGGCAAUAUCACCCUGGUACCGGCGUUCCAUCUCGACCACAUCCAUACUACACAAGUGAAAGCCACAAGCCAUCGGCUUCUGCGACGGCACACAUUACUGAGACAACGAUAAUACCCAUCACGAAAACGAUCACGAGCCAUGUCCCGUGUAGCACCGAGAUCACCACCAACGGCCAAAGCUGGUGGAGCACAUACCUCACAGCCUCCUAUUACACGACCAGCUACGUAACAACGUCUACAAUCGUUGCACCACAACCAACGACAAAGCCUGCCACGUGGUAUGGGGGAGACUCGACUUUGAAUCCGCAUCCCGCUCCAUGGCAUGAGCAGUGCCCACCGCAAGCUACAGUCACCGAGACAGUGACCAAAUACAUCAGCCUGCCGUCACCGAAGCCUGAAGAGCCGAAUCACCCCAUGACUACGAAGACUUUGACGUUGACUCUUGAUCAUGAUCAUGUCACAACCAUCACGGUCUCAUACCCGGCACCAUCAGCUGCACCUGUGAAAACGACCAAAGAUCACGUUCUGCCACCAUACCCAACCAAGAGCAGCAGCAAAAUCCGAGGCCAAGCUCAUCCUACAGGUGGCUAUCCCCAUGGAACUGGGAUGUGGACAUAUGCUACAGCUUCAGGCACUCAGCCAGUGGCAAGUGGCUACGGGCUUUCGAGUUCAAGCACCGUUAGAGCGGGCAGCACCGGUGCGCCAGGGCGAUAUUGAUUCAGAAUUUCCAGCGAUCGGCUAUAAUGAUGCAUGAAAGACACGUAACGGACCAGACAUAAACAUCAGCAUUCGCAAUGGCGUUCAACAGGAGGGCGGGAAUGACAGGACGAGAAAAAUAGAUAGAGUGUAUCAUAACACAAUGUAGUAAUCAAAGA